AUGAAAAUAAAAUGGAAAAAUUUAAAAGAUAACUACAGAAGAAAAUGUACAAAUAAGUCGGGUCAGGCCGCCACUAACGAAAAGCCAUAUGUCUAUGCAAAAGUUUUGGAGUUUCUUCGGCCUACGAUAGAAAAUAGAAAAACUCAAAAUAACAUAAUGAGUGAAUCAGAAGAAGACGAAGUUGAAAGUGAAGGUGAUGAAAUAUUCGUGGUAGGGCAAGAUAUAAAUGAAGAAAGCUUGCUGAAAAAAAGUUUUUCUCAUACACAGGAAAUGACAAAAAUAAAAAGAACAAAAAAAUCUCAGGUAAAUGAGAUAAAAGAAGUCAAAGAGGUUGAUCUUAUACAUUUUUUAAAAAAUCGUCCAAAAGAGGUAGAAGAUCCCGAUAAGUUGUUUUUACUAUCUUUAACGCCUCUUAUUAAAGAUUUCACUAGUGAUCAAAAGACUCAACUGUACAUUGAAUUUUUGAAUGCUAUACAAAAAAUUAAAAACACUUCUCAACAUCAAUUUUCUUUUCAAAGAAAUCAAAUGCCAUCAUUAACACCUCAUAAUCAAAAUAAUACAUUUACUCAGCCUCAGCUCUACUCAUUAGGCACUACUCACCCUAUAGUACAAUUACCACUAAAUACUCAAAAUAAUAAUCAUCAAACAUCAAGCCCUGUCUAUUAUUAA